AUGCAGGGCUUAAUAAAUUGUAGUCUGUGGCAGUGGCUGUGGCUCUGGUUGCUUGGCAGCUGCCAAAUUUCGUUGAUUAAUACUGCGUUGCUUUAUCCCACAAAUUCGGAAUAUGGUAUAUUUAUGGCCAUAUCGGUGCCAAUUAGUUUGCCGCAUCGCAAUGUGUUUGUCUCUUAUAAUUACGAGUUUAAUUACUAUCAGCCCGAGCAUGUUUACAAAUUUCCACCCAUUUUGAUGGGUCAAGAUUUUGCAGAAGAUUACCUAACAUAUCCUACGCAUGAUGCAUCGACUGGAAGAGAGUGUCUGAAUUGCACAGCGAGCGUUAACAGUACAGCGAAAAUCCGGACAGAGAACUUGGCCAAAAUAAAGGAAAGAAAGAAGUCACAAGCGACGCCUAAUCGAGAGAAACGCGAAUUGUCGAUGAUGACGCGGAAAAGCUUUUAUGCAAUGCUGCGUGACAAGCUGGAAAGAUCUGCCUAUCCUGCUGAGGCUUGUCUGCUGCGUUUGAUUUGCGAGACGAAUGCCUCAACGCUGGGCGAGGUCAAUGGACUGUUGGGGAACAUUGUGCACGUAAUAUUUACACCCAGCAGCUCCAGGGAUGAGCAGCUGCCCUCCAUCUACUACCAGGCCGAAGCGGAUGGAUUGCAGCAACAAUGUGCGACUUAUAGCACCGAUUGUUCACACAAUGUCUUGGACCUGAUUUCAGCGCCGGUGGAGCAAAUACUCAAAGACAUUGCAAGCAAGCGAAGAAGAAAAAAAUAAA